AUGAGGGCCUACAGAAGUACCCUCCCAGCCUUGCGAGCAGCAGGGAGACCAGUCACCCGGACACGGCAAACAUGGGCUCGUCACGCCAGCAACCGCUCUCGCCCCCAUCCUCAAGAAGGAGGCAGCGUGAAAAGACUGGCUGGAUUCCUGGCCAUUUUUGCUCUGGGCGCUGGCGCCGGUGCCGCGUACUACUAUCCCGUCCUGUUCCCCGGCACCGACGCCGAAGCAGUCAAGCCUGUCAUCCCCAAGGCGCAGAUCAAGUUUGAGAAGGAGCGGCAGCAGGCGACGUCCAAGGAGCACAACCGGGACAUCAUCAGCUCGCAGCACGCGCAGGUUCGCCAGAGCUGGGAGAACCCCGGCGUGUAUGCUUGGGGCUCCAACUCGGGCAAGGUCGUCGACCAGCAGUCAAAGGAGACCUACGUCAAGCUCCCCAGGAGGAUCCCUUACUUUGACGGAAAGCUUCUGCGGGACGUCAAGCUGACGCAGAAAUUCGGCGUCGCCGUCACCGAGGAGGGCAACCUCGUGCAAUGGGGUCUCGGCUUCUCCCAAGUCGACCCCAGCCCCGCCGAGACGCUCAAGGGCAAGAACCUCACCAAGAUCGCCGUGUCGGACGACCGGAUCCUCGCUCUGGCUUCCAACGGUGCAGUCUACGCCGUGCCGGCCUCGCUCGGCGACCAAGACACGGCUGAGAAGGCGCAGGCCCGGGCGCAGCAGUCGUCGUCGUCCUCCUCCUCCUCCUCGUCGUGGUUUUCGUUUUGGAGCUCGGGCGCGAGCGUCCUCGAACCCAGCACCAUUCGAACCCUGACGCCGAGCGGCCUCUCCCGCGGUGAGAAGGUCGUCGACAUCAGCAGCGGUCUGCAGCACGCUCUGCUCCUGACCUCCAAGGGCAGGGUCUUCUCCGUUGCCUCGAGCUUGUCCGGCUUCCCGUCCGUCGGGCAGAUGGGGGUGCCCGGCCUCAGCUGGGCGACGCGUCCCGAAGGCGCGUUUGACCAGCCGCACGAGAUCUUGGGGCUCAAGGGCUUCGAGGUUGUCAAGAUUGCCACGGGCGACAAGCACUCGGUGGCGCUCGACAAGGACGGCAAGGUGUUCACGUUUGGCGACAACACGUUCGGCCAGCUGGGUCUCCAGUCCGAGUCGGGCUUCCAGAGCAUCGACGUGCCGUCUCUGAUGCCCGUGCCGCGCCUCUACGCCAACACGGGCCUCGUGCCGAGGGUGACGUCGAUCGCCGCCGGCGGACUCAACUCGUUCUUCACCGUCGACGCCACGCCGCCGGCGUUCACGGGCGACGGCAAGACGGCGCGCACGACGGCCGACACGUGGGCCUGCGGCAGCGGCAUCCUCGGCACGCUGGGCACGGGCAACGAGUACGACGAGGUCACGCACGAGGUGGUGCCGAUCCGGCUGGCGGACAUAUCGGUGGGCAGCACGCACGCGGCGGCGACCAUGGCCAACGUGACGUACACGGGCACGACGGCGCGGGGGUCGGACAACGACACCAACUGGGGCGCCGACGUGGUCUUCUGGGGCGGCAACGAGCACUACCAGCUGGGCACGGGCAAGCGGUCCAACGCCAACGCGCCGACGUACAUCCGGCCGCUGCUCGACGGCGGGGCGGCGGGGGAUUUCCACCGGUUCCAGCUGACGCCGCGCAAGACGGUCAGGCUCGGCGGGGACGGCAGGGGGCGCAAGGCCAGCGUCGAGCAGAGGGUCGCGUGCGGGCGCAUGGUGACGGCCGUGUACUCGGCGGCGUAA